CUCUCCAUCACCAAACUUUGACGACAAUCGUUGACUUUACUCCCCCUCAACGACUUCCACCGCGAGCACCGAUAUCGGUAGUAUCAUCAGUGCGCUCAGAUUCUUCACUUUCAACCUCUCAUCGCUGUCUGGUCCUGCUUCCACGCCGCGACGAACCGAAGCGCGCGCACGACUCACGGGACCUUUAUCGUAUCCCGCUAUCGUCAUCAGCCUCUGCAUCCGGCAGAUCUAGCCUCCUGUCCUCACAACACGCACGCCUGAAUCCGCCGCCAUGCCUGGCAAGACGCCAAACAAAAAGCCCCUCGAGAACGGCGUCCAGAAGAAGGACAGCUCAAAGGCCAAGGGCAAGAAGGCCGCCAAGGACGGUGACGAGGAGAUGACGGUGGUUGUCCCUCCCUCCAAGUCCUCGAAAAAGUCGACACAGGCCCCGGCUGAUGCUGAGGGCGACGUAGCGAUGGACGAGCAGGAGGAGGAGACCAAGGUUGACCCUGUGGUGCAGACAGUCGCAGAUAUCAAGAGCAACUUUGCCCUGUUAGACCGCGCUGUUGCCCUCUUCGACGCCAGAUUCUCCCUCCGCGCCCUGCGAUCCAUCUCCAUCAUCCGCAAGCGCUUGACUCCCGACAUUAUUGCCCAGGUCAUUUCCGAGACCUUCCCCGCGACCUCUAGCUCUGUAGAUAGCGCCAAGCAGCUCCUGGCCGCUAUCGAGCGUGAGAAUGUCCCUCUGGGACGACAGGCUGGAUCAGAGAUGGAUAUCGACGAGCCCAAGACAACCCCCAAGAACGGUUCCAAGAAGGAGAAGGAGAACAAGGACAUUAUUCCCGAGAUCGACAUCUUCCUCGGCAUCCUUGUCCAGGUCUACCUCUUCGACUCGAAGCAGUUCCAGCGCGGAGCCGACUUCUCCAAGUACCUGUCGGAACGGAUCCAGUCCCUCAACCGCCGCACUCUCGACUCGCUGUCGGCCAAGGUCUACUUCUACUACUCCAUCUUUUGCGAGCACAUUGCUCCUCUGCCCCCAUCUCCCCAUUCUCCUGUAGUCGCCAUUCGGCCGACUCUCCUGGCCGCCCUCCGAACUGCUGUGCUACGAAAGGACGUCGACACACAAGCUUCGGUGAUUGUCUUGCUGCUGCGAAAUUACCUCUCGACCUCGCAUAUCAACCAGGCUGAUCUCCUGGUCUCGCACACUCAGUUCCCCGAGAAUGCUGUCAACAACCAGGUAGCACGAUUCCUCUACUACCUUGGCCGUAUCCGAGCCAUCCAGCUGCGCUACACUGAGGCGCACGAGCAUCUCACUGCGGCGACUCGAAAGGCUCCCUCCAGCAACUGCGCCUUGGGUUUCUCCCAGACAGCGACCAAGCUCUUGUAUGUGGUGGAGCUUCUGAUGGGAGAUAUCCCUGACAGGGCCAUGUUCCGACAGCCUACCAUGGAGAUUGCCCUUCACCCCUACUUCCUGCUGGUCAAGUCGGUGAGGGUUGGUAACCUGGAGGACUUUGAGACAACAAUUGCGGACCACGCCGACACUUUCCGACGGGAUGGUACCUACAGCCUCAUCUUGCGUCUCCGACAGAACGUCAUCAAGACGGGCAUUCGCAUGAUGUCUCUGUCAUACUCUCGCAUCUCCCUUCGGGAUAUCUGCAUUCGCCUGCAGCUUGGCAGCGAGGAGUCGGCCGAGUACAUUGUGGCCAAGGCGAUCCGCGACGGUGUGAUUGAGGCUACUCUGGACCGAGAGAGGGGCUUCAUGAAGAGCAAGGAGGUUGGCGAUGUGUAUGCCACCCGUGAGCCGGGUGAGGCGUUCCACGACCGAAUCCGAGCGUGUCUAUCUCUGCAUGAUGAGAGUGUCAAGGCUAUGCGAUUCCCCAUGAACCAGCACCGGUUGGAGCUCAAGAACGCCCAGGAGGCCCGAGAGCGCGAGCGCGAGAUGGCGAAGGAGAUACAGGAGGGUGACUUGGAUGAGGAUGAUCUCGGCGGUGACUUUGACGGCAUCUAAAGCUUGAGCAUCUGCUCUACCAUCCAUUCACCCUUUGCCAUGAGGAAUAGGUCCUCUUGGCUGUAGUUUCUACUAAUGACCCACCUGACGCCUGGAGAAACGAGGGUUGUCUGUGGGACUUUGGGGGGAGGACAGGAAUAGAGGGGAGGUGGGAUCUGGAGGGGGGUUUCAAGGGCAUAUUCGAGACCCUCCAUGUGUAUUAGAUACUUUUGGUAGGGAGAUUGGGGGGUGUUGGAAUGAGAGCAUACAUCUACUAUUUGUUUCGAG